UUAUUCUAUUUGAAAUUUAUUUGAUAUCGAAAUUAUGAAAAAUAUUAAGAAAGCGAGUUGUAACAAUCAAAGUAUAAAACGAUUUUUGUCGCCACAGCCUUCAAACAUUCCUUGUAAAAGGCAAUGUAAGCAAAUGGAUAUGGAAAAUAAAUGCAAUACUCAAAAAGGCAGGGACAUCUGCAUCUUUUCAGGCAACCCAAUUAAACAACCAGAUGAAAUGGAAAAGAGAAAAAAUAAUUUGAAGUUAAAUACUAACAAUAAUGCAGAGGAUAAGUUCGACUGGAACAGUUUUGUGCGAGAUCCUGGCGAAUUACAAGAGAGCCGAUAUCCAGUAACCCUCAACACUUUCAAAAGUAUGACCCAUUCUUUGAGCAUCGUCAAUUGCAUACUCGAGGAUAUCAAAAUUGCAACAAGUCUCGACUUUAUAAACGAUGAUCUGAUGAAAGAGCGUGUUUUAAAAAACUUCUUUAUUCAAUUCUAUGAAAAUCCACAAAUUCGCAAUAUAUAUAAGCUGGAAACAAAACCAUGUCCAACAUUUUUAAAAAAGAAAAUAAUGCAGAUACCAACAUUAGAAAUUAUUGAAAUCAAAGAUAGUACUACUAAUGCUGCUACAGUAGCAACUGCAAAUAUUGCCCCUCUUGAGGCCAUUAGCAAAACAACAGAAUUGAGGGUACCUGCAGAACAAUCACUCAAAACCGCUCCAGAUCCAGUAAGCAAACCAGCAGAGCUAGAGCGAGUUGAAGCACAAUCAUCCAAGUCGCAAAAAAACGAAAUACCGUCACAACAGACCAAUGAAAAGUCUAACACACUAUACUUAUCGAAAAAUAUGUUGCUUAUGGAUGAAUCAUUUUUACGCCGACAUGUGAGUCGUAACACUCAACAAAUUGAAAAACUAGAUAUUAUUUUAGAGCGAAUAUAUGCUGAAUUGUUGCCACGAAAAAAGUCGGCACAAACUAAAGAAGUAAAGUCAAAGCCUACAAAAGUGCACGAAAUAUCAAAUGAAGUCUGCAUCGACAUUAGCAAUAGUCUUGUAGAGGCAUCAGCUGUAAUAGCUAAGGGACAGCGUAUAGAGCAAGCUAAGCAAUUGUUUCUUACAGAGUACACAAAGAAAAAUACGUUAGCAUAUGCUUUGCGUUUUCAUAACGGUCUUAAGCGGCGUAUAAUAUCGGCAAUACUCGAAAUGUCUAUUGAUGAAUUCAAAAAAUAUACAAAAAUUCAUGAUGUACCAGAAAUGUAUGAUGAUCCCAAAUUACUGCACGAUUGUUACAAUUAUGCGAUCAAAGCGCCUCAAAUUUGGCCUGCCAAUCUAUAUAUGCAGUUGUGUGAUAUAUUUGAAUACCUCCAAACAAAAGGUGUUAGUGUUGACCAUUUAGAAGAUAUUUCACCAAUGCUGCUGCAUUGGACUGAACUAGCUGUGAUAACGAAUUUUGAUGACAUUGUGCAAUGGGAUUUUUACCGUUGUAAAGGUGAAAAAUUUCAACAAUUCACGCAAUUGGAUGUGUAUCGGAAAACAUUUUAUGAGAAAUGUUGGAUGCACAACACUUGGUUGCGAGAAGUGCCGAAGCUGCAUGUGGAGACGCAAAAAGAGUUAACAACGGGAAUGGAAGUUGUUGAGAAUGAUAAUGUAAGCGAAGUAGCAGCUGUUAAUGAGGCACCGACUAAUGUAAAUCUUGUAAAUACAACAGAGCAGACAGAAACCGCUACAAAAGAUGAGUGUACAAAUGAAAUGAACGUAGAUUGCGCUAAGCAAAACGGAGAAGCAAACAGCAAUAAUACUGUAGCUACUAACAAUAUAGCGAAUGCCGCGCACGCGCAAGAUGCUGGUGCUGGUCACUUAGCGGAGACUAAUGAACCAAUAUUGUCACAUAAUCCUAACGCAGCAAGUUCAGUUGAACAAGCAAUAACUCUGAAAGAAAAAGAAAAUACUUUACCUGAAGCAACUGUAAAUUUACAGACAACAACAACAGCAGUGGUGGAAGUAAUUACAAACUCAAAAGAAAAUGCUGUGACAAGUAAUCUAGAAGCAGAGGCUCAACAACGCAUACAGGCAGCGCAGAAAUUGUACUUUUAUGAAGUUGAGAAAUCAUAUACUCUACCAUAUCUACUACGCCUUCAUAACGGUUUGAAGCGACGCAUACUGCACGCCAUUCUGAAUAUGACCUACACAGAAUUCAAACAAUACACACACAUACACGAGGCAGCAGAAAUUUACGAAAAUAACGAGCUUUUACAGCAUUGCUACGACUUUGUGGUUCGAAAGCCGCAAGUAUGGCCCGUUAAUCUCUAUAUGCGUUUGGUGGAUCUUUAUAAAUUUCUGAAAAUCAAAGGCCUCACACUGACAGCAGCUGACCUAGCUCAUGUCUCACCGAAACUUUUACAUUGGCACGAUCUAAUUGAGACCACUAAUUACGAUUACCUACUAUUUUGGGACUAUUACCGGCGUAGUGGUAAAAAAAUGCCUAAAAAUAAAACUCGUCUGAAUACAUAUCGGCAAAAGUUUUAUGAAAAAUGUUGGCUUUAUGACAGUUGGAUAUGGCAUACACCGAAAAUAUGCGACAAUGUACUCACCGAUGACUUUGUGGCCGUUGUAGUAGCAGAAGAUAAGGUGAAUGCCAACUUUGAAAUAGCAGUUAUGACACAUGCACUGGAAGAGCGGGAUGAGGAAACGACAGAAACAGAAACUGUAGAAGGAAACAAGACAACGACAGAAGGCGAAGAGAUAACUGACAACAACACGAUAAACGCAACAAUUGAAUCAUCGCCUGUGCAACCGAUUGCGAAUGAAAAUGUGGUGCCGCACAAGAAUGUCACAGGAAGCGUUAGUACCGUUGAUGCGGAAAUACAAACAUCACAACAUCUAUUACACGCCGCAUGUGCCAACUCGUCAACAGUUUCGUGCGAGAAAGAAGUACCAGCCCAAAAUCCCAACCCAGUGAUGUUGCUUUGCAAAGCUAUUAAAAAGGAGAAGCUCUCACCACUCGAUAAAUUGCAAUUUAAUCUAACAAACGAUGAGGAGAAUUACGAAUGUGUGCCAGUACCGGAUGAUAUAGUCGAUCUUGAAGGAUCAAUAUUAACAAACGAAUCACAGGAAGAGUUAUUGCUGCCUCUUUCGAAUUCUGAAAGUUUGGGGACACAUGACAACAAGUUGUUGUUGUCACUUGAUUCUACAGAAGGUAAAGUUGCAGAGCAUACUGCACAAUGCACAGAGAAUAUGGAUAGUGAAAGCAUAAUGGAACAACAGCCAAGUCUCGAAAUGAAUAAUGAGCAAACGCAAUUGAUGCCCGAGUGCAUAGUGGAAAUGGAAGUUGAAGUUCAAUCAACAACAACAACACAGCAACCACUACCUGGCCCAGUAUUAGAAAGUAACGAAACGCCUCUAGAGCAGCCACAAUUUGAAACGCAAACAAAAACGCAUUCAGCAUCCCAAACAGGGGAAACUUGCUCGCUACAAGAACAACAGCAGCAAGAAGCGCAUAUUGUUGUACAACAAGCGUUAACAGGCGAGCAAGUCCACGUUCCCGGGUUUAUUUCACGCGAAGUGAAGGAAGAGCUGCUGCAAGAAGCACAACAACCAACCGAUUAUUGCACUGAACAACACAAACAAAAACAACAAAUGACGAAGCAACUAAAAAGUACAGGAACAGAAGUUGCCACAGCACUAACAAGAAUUAUGGAGGCACAUAAGUUGGCGCAGCAACAAAAGAAACAACAUAAUAUCAAAACUAAUGCGCAGACGACAGUGGAAACCCAAGCUAAACAGCAACAAGAACCAACUGUUACAAAACCCGCAACGAUGGAAAAGCAACAACAUUCACAACAACUACAACCUUCACAGCAACAACGACAUUCACAACGACUACAGAAACAUUUACAAUCACAGCAACAACCAUUACAAAAACAACAAUCACAACACCAACAGCCGACAACAGCAACGGAACGUCAGCAAGAGCAAAAACAGCAGCAACAAGCUUUUACUGUUAAAAUACCACUACCAAAAUCACAGCAACAACGUAAAAAGCAACAACCGCAAAUAUCAGCCCUAAAACAGGCAAAGGAAAAGGGGCCAGCGGCAAUAGUGCAACAGACCGUACACCAACAACGAGAAACUGUGUCAAAAGCGCCACAAACAAUACAACAACAAGAAACUGUAACAAAGCCGCAGAUAAUACAACAACAACACAAUGCCUCUACAACAAUCGCCGAAGGUAACAACACACAAAAAAGGCAAAAAUCCACACAGCCUCAACAAAAACAACAAACAUCAAAUGAACAGCGGGCAACUCGACAACAAACAUCGAUACAACAACAACAACAAUCGCUACCAACCGUAGUUAUACCAAUGUCAAUGCUACAACAAAAAAAAGAAUUUGCAGAUGAAGACCAGGCGCCACAAACGCAACAACAACAAAUAAGAAAAUCGCCGAGAACACAAACAUCCCAAAUUAUCGCAAAACUAAAGGUUCCACACACUAAAAAACAGUUAGAGCCACAGCAAUUAGCCAAGCCGAGUCAAGCACUCCACACAAAAAUUCAUGUACAGCAAGAAUUGCAGGAACAAGAUGAUCUGGAUAUUGAAAAGCAAAUGGAAGAGUUGCACCAAGAACAGCAAUUAUUGCCUCUGAAUGCUGCAAAAGCAAGCGCUGCGCAAAUUCCACCAGAGCUGCAACAGUCGCCACAACAACUAACUCAGACCGCGCUACCCAGCCUUUUAGUACAACAACAACAAGCAAUAAAUAACCACAACGAAAAUGAACUAGCUGAAAAUCCACAAAUGAUUGAGUCAAUGAAACAAAAUCAGCCAAUGCAACAACAAACAAUAGUAGAAACUCUCAAUGCCAGCAAACCGACAGGACUCGAGUUCCUGUCACAACAAUUGCAGCAACAAUUCUCUCAACCACAAUUAAUACUACAACGCACAAGCACUCAGAUAAACGAGCAGGUAAUGUUGCGGUCUACUGGCACGCUGUCACAGGACUCACCAAUCAAUCUGCCCCCAUUUGUGCAACUGGCCAAUAAACAAACCACCAACACAACAAAAAAGAAAACUGUUGCAACGAAAACAAAGACAACAACACGCAAAGCCGCAAAGCUAAGCGAUUAUGUGCCACAACUCACGCACGUUUUCCAACCGCUACCUGUUGCUUUGAAUACCAAGAAAGCACCUACACUUGAACCGACAACCACCGUCGACCUGCCACAGUCCAACACAAACGUUGCAACAACAAGUCACCAGCAAUUAACACCGACCGGAGAAGAGCAAUUUAUUACCGCCAGCAAUAUAAGCUUAUCACCACCAACUGCAAAUGCCAUGCUAUUGACGUUGCCAGCAACACUGAACGCGACAAGCACCAGUGCGUCCAAUGCAUCGUAUGUGUACACGCUGAGUGGCGAUAGCAGCUUGUUCAAUAGUUCGGAACUCUUGAAGGUGCUGGAAAGUUAUCAACUUCAACGUAGUCAACAACAACAACAGCUAACGCAGUCGGAGCUAACGUUGCAACAACAACCACUAACGCAGUCAGAGCAAUCGUUGCAACAACAAGUGCAGCAGGAGCUACAAUUUGAACCCAUCUAUAAUCAGCUGCAAGUAACGCAGCAACAACAAUCACAUUAUCAGGCAGCUAUACAAAUGUCACAACCAUUGGCGUUUGUAGAGAGCGUGAAACAACAAGAGGAGCAGGAACAACAACAAGAUGAGGAACAACAACAACAACGGGAACAACAACAACAACCGCAACAAGAAAAACAACUGCAACAACUGUUGCUACAACAACAACAACCACAAUCACAAAUACCACUGUUGCUACAACAACAGCAGCAACAGGAACAACAACAACUAAUACUACAACAACUUUUACAACAACAACAAUUAAACCCACAACAACCUAACCAAACAGCCAUACAAAUACAACAACCUCUGUUGUUGUUGGAUCACGCGGAGCAGCAACAGCAGUUACAACAACAACAAUCAUAUCAGCUAUUAUUACAACAACCACAACAGCACCAACAAACGCAACCAAUUGUAUAUCAGCUAGUGGAUGUCAACCAGGUAAACAAUAAUGCACAAAACAAGGAUUCUGAUGCUGCUGCGUCAAAAAACCAAAUGCACCCUAGUACCAUGUAAAAUACGCCACCACUUAAUGUACGCUUGUAAUGUCACGCAUAAUGAAUAAGAACAAGCAUACAUAUGUAUAUUAAACAUAAACAUUCCCUAUGUACAUAGACACAUUUAUGUACAACAAAAAACAAACCAGUGCUGUUGCUUACACUGCUCUUCUUCUUACGUAGGCGCCGCACACCGCCGCCACCCUUGCCGGUGAACAAGUUCAACAGUAUUUGCAGUUAUCACAAACACCAUAUUUCAC